AGUAAUAUUCCUCCCCAUUUUCUCUCUCCUUUUUUUUUUUUCUUCUCGAAUUCAAAUACUUUUAUCCAAUCAUCAUUCUUCAUUUUCUUUAACCACUCUUUUUUUUUUUUUUUUAUUAAUCUUCCCCCUUUUUUUUCUCUUUUGUACACAAUAUAUAUAAUACCCUUUGGCUUGUAAACUUCAGUUUCCUCCUUUUUCAAGUUUUCUUAAUUUCUUUUAAACCCCCAAAAAUUAAAUUCAUCAAAAUUCGAUGAUACAUUCUACUCUAUAUCUGUAAUUUCCAUUGAAUCUUCUGUUCAAUGUGAUUGACCUCUGUUUUUAUUUUUGUGAAUAUAAAUUUCUGGGUUCUGACUUCUUCAAUUACUCAUUUUUUGUUAGAACCUUUGAUCAUUUCGCAGUUAUAUAAAUCAAUUCCUUAUUCUUCUUCAUUCAUACUUUGAUUUGUUGAUAUAGUAUAUGGUUUUUCGUAACGCAAUCUGAAAUUGAUCAUCAAAAAUGUUAGGAGAUUUCAUCGGAAGAGGACUUUUUAUGGUAUUGGGGUUUGCAUACCCAGCAUUUGAGUGUUUCAAAACGGUGGAAAGGAACAAAGUUAACAUCGAAGAACUCCGGUUUUGGUGUCAAUACUGGAUCAUUAUUGCUGUACUUUCAGUUUGUGAGAGGUUUGGUGAUAUAUUCAUAUCAUGGGUUCCGUUAUAUGGAGAGUUGAAGUUGGCUUUCAUUAUCUACCUUUGGUAUCCACAAACAAAGGGAACUUCUUAUGUGUAUGAGAGCUUAUUAAGGCCAUUUGUGUCAAAACAUGAGACGGACAUUGACAAGAAUCUGCAGGAAUUAAGAUAUAGAGCUUGGGAUGUAGCCAUUUACUACUGGCAAAACUGCACUGAAUUGGGAUCAUCAGCAAUUUUCAAUGUGUUUGACUACAUAGCCAACCAGUCUUCCAGGCUUAGAGGCGGCAGCACUCAGAAAGAUGAUCGGAAACGACGAGAUGGCAGGGGCAGCCCACCACCACCACCUUCAAAAGGGUCCAGCCUUUGGACUCUCCGACAACGAAAAUCAAAGCCUGAAUCACCACCAUCCGCCUCGCCACUACACCCCAAUCACCGAGAGGAACAGCCAGCUCCAUCAGCACCUCCACUUCCAGCUGCAUUUCCUAGUUUGUUCAAAAAUGAAGCCCAACUUUCCAAGUCCAAACUGGUCCAAAUGGAACUUGAAGAGGCCCAAACUGAAUACAUCCGCAUUGAAGAGGUUCCGGAAGAAGCCCAUUCCAAAGGCCCAGAAAAAGAAACGAGCAAGCUUAGCCCGACCCGUUUAAAGUUUAGGCGAUCAAAACCCAUUCAAUGAUCACCUAAACAAACACCAUUUUGACAUUUUUACCCAAAAAAAUCAUACUGUACAAAACUCCAUCGUUUAUAAUUCACCCAAAAAAAAAACACACUUUUUUUUACUUUAA